AUGACUGACCUAAUUCAGCAACUUGCUAAUAAACCACCAUGUUUAUCAUAUGAUUCUAAACGUCGCCAAAAUCUACAACUAGCAUUAAAUGAGAUUGUUACGUUGUCAAGUGUAUACGGAGACCAAUUCAAACUUGGUGAUCCUGAAGUUCCUGGUGAAUUUUUAAUCGAAUUUAAUCAGGAGUUUGCAAUUUUUCUUGAUGGCCCUCCUAUCCGACGUAAUCUAAAGUACUCUGAGAUAACUUCAUCCGAUUCAACGUUAGACCAAACUACCUACAAUCUUACCACCCUGCCACCCAUCAUUUGCAGAUUUCAGCUGGGUCAAAAUUAUCCUAGCGAUCCAAAUAUCACCUUUUGGUUUGAUUCUGCCUGGCUGCCUUCUCAUUUGUUCGAUAUUCUUUCUUCAUAUUUAGGUGAAUUUAUAAAAUCGCAACACAAAAACCCCCUCACCCACUGCUGUGAAUUUCUCCAAGAAAACGCACUUAGUACUCUCUUUAGUCUCAGUGAUCCAACCAUUCUCGUCAUAAAAGCAAUGGAUAUUUUUGAAGACCCGAUAGAGCGUGUUGAAUUUGUUGAACUUCUUGUUGAUUUUGAGGAAGAAAUGCGAGAUAAAAAGUUUGCUCUAGGAACUUACGAGUGUGGUAUUUGUACGGACGAACUUAGUGGCUCAGAUUGCGCUCGUAUUAGAGCUUGUGGUGAGGUAUUCUGCAAGCAAUGUCUUGCAAAAUCCAUCGAGGAAGAUGUUGAAAGUGGAAAAAAUGCUGGUUCCCCUGGUUGUCCUGGUUGUGAUAAAUUAAUUCAUUCUGUUGAGAUCCGCCAACUCGUUUCUCCUGAAUUAUAUGAGCGCUAUGAAACGUUCCUUCUAAAUAGAACUCUUUCUGGUAUGGAAAACGUAGUUGAAUGUCCUGCGGAGGGAUGUGGUCUUCAUGUCAUGUUGGAAGACGAUUUUACUCGAGGAACUUGUGCUUCUUGUCAUUUUGAUUUCUGUGCGAAGUGUCGUCAGGCUUUCCAUCCUGAUACAGCUUGUGUUGUCGCUCGAGAUUUGGUUGAGCGUUACAAUAAUGCCGGUGAACAAGGUCAAGAACUGAUGAAUAAAAAGCAUGGACGGCUCAAUAUUCUCAAAGUUAUUGACGAAGUGGCUUCCAAUUCAUACAUAACUUCUAACUGCAAGCCAUGCCCCAAUUGUAAAUCGCCAAUACAGAAGUUCACUGGGUGCAAUCGUGUGCUGUGCACUAAAUGUUCAAAAAAUUUUUGUUGGGCCUGUUUGGUUGUUAUUGACGACAAAAAUCCCUACGACCAUUUCAAUAAAAACGGUGGCUGCAACCACAUGACUUGCAGAAAAUGUCAGUAUGAAUUUUGUUGGCUUUGUUUUGCCAAGCAUAAAACUUGUAAAUGUGAACUCUUUACCCAUUGA